UGGUAAAUGCGACCUCUUUGUUUAGGUUGUAGCUACCUGAGGCGGUAGAUAGAUGACGGCUGUCAACAGGCUCCGAUGAAUGUUGGCUUCGUUGACCGAAGAACAUUUAACGGUGGAGAAGAAUAAGAAGAGGAACUAGAAGUGACGUGUUUGAAGAAUGAUGAGGAGUAAAGCCUUGGCCCGAUUCGGGCUGGUGCUGCUCAGUUUGUGGUUGUGUAUCCACUCAGUGCCUAUCAGUGUGGAGAAGGCCAAAGACAAGCCAGAGGUGGAGGAGCUGGAACCACCCCAGAGUGCUGACACCGACCUGCACUAUGACCGCUACCUCAGGGAAGUCAUUGAGUAUCUCGAGAAAGACCCCCACUUUAGAGAAAAGCUGAAAAAUGCCAACAUGGACGACAUCAAGCAAGGGAAACUUUCCAAAGAGUUGGACUUUGUUCAACACAAUUUUCGAACGAAGCUGGACGAGCUGAAGAGGGAGGAGAUGAACAGACUGCGGCUGCUAAUCAAAGCCAAACACGACGUUCAGGAAGGGAACAGGAACACAUUGGACCAUCAGGCCCUGCUGAAACAGUUCGAGCACCUCAACCACAUGAACCCACACACUUUUGAAGUGGAGGACCUGGAUCGCCUUAUCCAAUCGGCAACAAAGGAUUUGGAGAACUACGACAAGGACCGCCACGAGGAGUUCAAGAGGUACGAGAUGAUGAAGGAGCACGAGAAGAGGGAGCGCUUGAAAACGAUGAAGGAGGAUGACCGGAGGAAGGAGGAGCAGCACUAUGAAGAGAUGAAGACAAAGCAUGCCAACCAUCCCAAAAUUAACCACCCCGGCAGUGAGGACCAGCUGAAAGAGGUGUGGCAGGAGGCAGACGGCUUGGACCCAGAAGACUUUGAUCCCAAAACCUUUUUCAAAAUGCAUGACAGCAAUGGAGAUGGCUUCUUUGACGAAAGUGAGCUGGAAGCUCUCUUUACCAAAGAGCUGGAGAAGGUGUACAACCCUGCGAAUGAAGAGGACGAUAUGGUGGAGAUGGAGGAAGAGAGGCUGAGGAUGAGAGAGCAUGUCAUGAAUGAGGUGGACACCAACAAGGACAGACUUGUAUCACUGAGCGAGUUCAUAGCAGCAACCAAGAAGGAGGAAUUCCAUGAAAAAGACCAGUGGGAGACUUUAGAUCAAAACCCAAUUUACACUGAGGAGGAGUUGAGAGAGUACGAGCGUCAGCUGGCCAACGAGGCGAAUUACAUCAAUGUGAAGGCGGCCGAGCUGCAGAAACAGAAGGAGGAGCUGGAAAGAAAACAGGAAGAACUAAAUGCUCAGAGGUUGGGGCUGAAGCAGGCAAUGGACGAAAUGGAAAGGAUCAAAGCCCAGAGUUUAAAUGCUGAAGUAAAACAGCCUGGAGGCCUGAUGGCUGAAGGUGAACCAGCACCAGUCGUACCAAGGAACACCCAACCCCUGCCUCCUGCUCGCCAACAACAGGAUGUACCAGUGCCAGGACACUCCUAGGUCCCAUCACCCUGUCUGUUAUGAGUGAGCGUCUCUGUGUUUUCUUUUUGGGGACAAAUCUCUCUGUUUAGAGUUCCAAAACUAUUUCCUGAAUAAUGAAAGGAGAAAAAAAGAACAGCUAAAGCAUUAGAAGCCCAUGAAGGAAGCUGAUUCACAGCUCAGAUUUAGUGCCAGUGCCAACCUUCCCUUUCCUGGCCAAAUCAGCUGAAUGAGCCAGAGUUUUCUUUCUGGACAAUCGGUUGUUUUGUUUUGGUUAUUACAAACUUCUGUUACAACAAGGACUCUGUGUCCUCUGUGGGAAAUCCUCAGUGGUGAAAUAUGGAAUAAAUGAAUGUUUUGUUUAGGACACUGUGGUUUGUUUUGGAACCUUGUAUCUGCAGCCAAGACUAUAAACAUGUAUUUUUCAUGUAAAGAGAUAUUCUUGAGAAAAUGAAUAUCUGUAAAGAAUCAUUUUGGCUGAAAUUAUCCCACUCACUUCCUGUUUACCACUUAGCAGUUUGUUCUGUAGCCGUUGUUUCCUCUUGACUGGAUGCUUGAAGGAAAGAUCAUCUCUACACUGUAUAUUUAGUUUGAACUUUUUACAAUUAUGAUUUCUAAAGUGGUUCUUUGUGUUUUAAGAUGUCUGUCCCUGCUUACAAGAGUUUGUGUUGUAUUUAUUUAUUCUCUAAAUCCACUGGAAAUUAACAGUCAGACAUUUAAUAAGAUUGAUGAGGACAGUAUGAGUUUAUUCUCAGGGGAUGUUAGAUGCAACAGAUUGUUUUAUUUAAUCCUGAUUUUAUGUUUCUUACAUAAACAUUUCAGUUAAACUGAAAACUGGUAGAAAGGUUAACAUUCAUAAGUGUCCUGUUGAAUAGAAGUCAUGGUGUACAUGGUUUGAAUGUUGCCAAUAAAAUGAAUGAUCUUGCAAGUGUAA